AUGACCAAAAAAGUCUAUCAAAUUCAACCAUGGCCAGUGCUCAUUCAGAUAUCUGUCAAAACGGAGCCAAUCCAGGAAGAAAUAUAUAUUCGAACACUGACACAGUUACUGAAUGGUGGAAUGAUCGGAGCACCAGAAGUGCUACAACUUGGACAGAAUCUCAUACACCUUAUUCAGGCUAAAAAAGUUAUUGAUAUCGUACUGACCAUUGAUAUUGACCCGAUGUAUUACGAUAAUAUUAGCCGUGAACUGAUCAAUUCAAAGCCAAACAUUUUCUCCAAGAUCAAACGGCAUGUAGGCCCAGCUCUUGCAAAACUGGAAACAAUGUUAGCUGCUGGAGAUGCAGGCAAAUGGGAUUUCGUAUUUAUUGAUGCAGACAAAUUUAAUUAUCCACAGUACUACGAGAAAGCUGUAAAGCUCGUACGACCUGGUGGAGUUAUCCUUGUGGACAAUGUGCAUUUUUUGAUCAUUCGCACAUGA